UGCACAAUCAUUUGAGAGUAUAUAAGGAAUCAUUUGUAAAAAACCCGAAGGCAAUACAUGCAUUAAAUGGCGCUAACGACCGAAAACACCUCUAUGGUGCAGAAACACCUGUCAGUUGCGAUCAAUAGUACUUGGUUAGCUCAGGAAGGUUUCGACCAAUAGCAACCUUCGGGCAGCUGUCCGUUAGUGACGCCCGUCGAGAUUUCUGGCGUUAUGAAAGGCUUCCCUGGCGGACUCUUCACUCAUUCGCUCAAGCUCAGGGAGCCUUGGGAAAUUUCGAAAGCUCAGUCAAAGAAGCGCAGGGACAGAGGCGAUGUCUUGGAGCGAGCGGCGCUGUGUUGCGCGGCGGACAGCACCCGAUAAGUUACACCUUGAUUUGUCUCCUAUUCUGACAGGCACGCUCGACCCUCCACGUCAGUCCAGCAGGUCUCGGCUUCCCCAUCGAGUGAACCGGGAAACAUGAGGCGUGUCACCCAGUCAGACGUUGGCAGCGCUCGACAUUAUCUACUGUCGCAUCCGUAUCGAUUUCCGAGUCGUUUUGCCUCGAGGCGUACUUGGCUCGACGAGUAGGCUACCGGUCCUGCGGAGACGGAUGCGGCUGAGAUACCCAUGGGCUGUGGACUGAGAGUGUGAUUGAUUGAAGACUUGACGCGUAAUGGUCAGAUUCGGACCCGGUUCGCCACUCCCUCGCGGGCGCAUCGAGCCGAAGCAUUGGUGUGGCAAGCGAGCCCUGGCGCGAGGCUUGUCGAAACAAUCUGUCUCGGACGACGUCGACGAUCAAGCUUCAAAUCGGACUCAUGUUGGCAGUUCGAGACACCGACUCUUCUAGUCACGUCUGUGUCGCCCUGCGAUGGUCGUUGUAAUGAAAUACAGGUCCAGGUCCACUAUGUCCGAAAUCGGAUUGGCGUGCGCCACCUUUCGCCCACGGGAAGCUGCAUUUCCCAGAACGUUGUGGCACUCGGCGCGCUUGCCGCUUGCCGCUUCGCUCGAAUGUUGACAUGAGCUUCAUUUAUCUUGCUUUUCUUCGCUCCACCCUCGGAUUCCCUCCUCCCUCUCGUCUAUGGCUACGAGCGUUCAUGCGGAGGCGCCGCUGUCGGCUCUGUUCGUCGGUGUAAUGCUCACGACCAUAUUCUACGGGGUGACGCUCUAUCAAGCAUCGACAUACUAUCGAACUUACACUAACGACCCACGACACAUGAAGUUCAUCGUCGCAUUACUCUUACUGUUAGAUACCACCCAGGUCUCGCUCGCGUUCGCCUCUUUGUAUGGAUACGCGAUCAGCUUUCACGAGGACUCUGCGAUGCUCGGAGACGUGUCCAGCCCUUUCAUCGCGUCUAUGGUUGUCACGUCUGCCAUCGCGUUUCUAGUCCAGUUAAUAUAUGCAUAUCGUAUAUGGCGGCUGAGCGCCGGUAAUGCCUAUCUAACGACUCUAGUGCUUGCUCUUUCGUUCGUGUCUCUGGGAAGCUCGAUGGCUAUGACCGCGAGAACAAUCUGCAAUCCGCGAUGGGAUGCGACGCGGGUCAACGAUCUUCCUGCCGGGAUGAUCCUCGCCUCCAUUCUGAGCUGCGAUCUCCUCAUCGCCGCUUCGCAGGUAUGGCUGUUCCACCGCCAUCGGAUGAAGCGCGGCAGGCUUCUCGCAUUCUUCACUCUCCGUCGACGAUCGGUCUCGGUGUCGUUAGUAGACGGGCAGGCGCGGGGGAGUACGUCAACGGAGAUCCCACGACCGUCGGUGACUUCCUCGCCGCUCGAUGGGCGUCCUAGUAAUGAGUCAAUUCCGACUAAGACGGGUGGGAUCGGGGCUGAGGCCGGGACUGAGGAUGAUGUGUGCCAGUGCGUCGCGCGAAUCUGGACGAGCUUCUCGCAGCUAAGCACUUACGAGAUAGAUUGGGUGCCCUACUUACGACAUUAACGACCUUGGUGAUCAACGUGGGGCUUUUGACUAGCGUGGAUGCUACCUUUUUCUUUGUACUGGUGCGCCCUGAUUACCUGCUUCGUCCCUCAGCCUCAUUCCUCAAAUCGCAGUUUUUGAUGUGCCCUCAAAGUGGUGCAUUCCUCGUUCCUUACAUCCUGCUCAGCAACUGUGAGCCUGUCUCCCGGAGUAUGCCGUUUGGCUCGCAGCUGACCUGUUGUGGGGCAGGUUACGUGAACUCGUUCCUGAGCAUGUAAGAAGCUUUGAAUUCUGCGAAGAGGGUCCGAUCUCAGUUGCCCCUCACAGAUUGAACUCUAGACGUAUUCUUCGCGAUCUCGCUGAGAACCCGGACCUUCCCGAGUCUUUUGUACUCGAUGUCUGAUGAAUGUAUGUGGAUACAUACUAGGUACAUGCAUGUACUUUAAAUUUGUACUUACACCGGGCCUGCUAUUAUUAAAGGACUGAUGGCACUUGCCUGAUUACGA